ACUAAUUGUUGCAUACUCAUUCUUCAUUCAUCAUCAUCGCUCGCUCUAGAGAGAAGAAAGAUGGCGAACGUUGCGAACGACGGAAUCAUGGCUGAGGUGAAUCGCAUGUUGGAGGAGAUGUUUCUGCUUGAGACGGGAAUGGUUUCUUGUCCUUGGGUUACACAGAGGCUAGCUGCUGGGGACAGACUUUCUGUUAGAGUGUUCCUGAGGAGAAUCAAUGGAACCCUUACUCCUGCUGAAGAGAAUGAAAUGGUUUCGAGGAUCGUUAGAGAGCCACUCACUCUCGUCAACAACCACACUCGCUUCUUAUGUGAGUAAGGUCACAUAGACUCUCAGUUUAAUGGUUGAUCAUUUCCAUGAUUGCAACUUUUGAUUUUGUUGUGUGCUUGCUACUUACAUCUUUCUAGACCUAUUACAUUUUGUGUAACAUGAUUCCUAUUUUUCAUAGAAUUGUUUUUAGAAAUGGAAACCCAAAGGAAAAAUCAACUAAAACACUUAUCUUUGAACGUAGAGGAAAAUCGAACUCUAUAUUCGUAGGACGAUUACACAUAACAACUUUUUAGCACGUGACAUAGGUAGAAACUAAUGCAUAGUUUCGUUAUUUGGUUUUUUUUUAUUAUAAUACUUUUUCUACAAAUAAAAUCGGGAGUAUUACGUUACAAAGCACCCAGCCGAGACCCAUACUAAUUAACAUUCAACACACGUCAAUCUCGUUUACUAGAUUCAACCAUUCUUAAUAAUUAUAUUAUGUAUAUAUAUGCAUAUUAGUAAAUAUCCCACACAACGUUUAUGAUUACAGAUAUUUCUUUAUUAUUUCAAACCAUCUGUAAAGCUAAACUUUAAUUCUAAGGACGAAAUUUAUGGAGCAACAUAGAGCAAAAACAAAGUUACAAAAACGAGCAAGAACAUGAAUCAAACCAUCUGAUACUGGAAGCAAGCCCGUAUCAAUCUCGUUUUGAUGCCAGAUAUUAGCGAUAAUCUUGAUCAAUUUUCACAUUUGCACCAAAAAAAAAAAAAAAUCUUGAUCGAUUUUUAGAACUAACAACACGAACACUUUUUUGGUAGUUAUGACUUAUGACUACUUUAGGGUUUUUAUUAAAUUAAAUAGAAUAAAGUACAUGGAAGCAAAUUGUUCAUCAUGAUGAUCAUACAACUUAGAAACACGAGAAAAUGGAGAAACUAUUUCAUUUUUUUAUGAAACAAGAGACACUAUUUCAUAUCACACCUGAAAAAGUGUAUCCUGGUAUACCGUGGUAUAUUACAUGAGGUUUCUGAUGAAACAACCUGCAUGAAAGAUACUAAUCCUACGUCAAGUGCAAGCUCUUGCUGAAAGGAUUAAUGAACAUCUUUUGGCUUUCUAGGCGAAAAAGAGUACCUUGUUUCAAGAAUGAAACGACUUGAAUAAAACUAAACAAAUAAAUAUAAGACGCAAUAUAUAUGAUUAUGUUUCCAAAUACAUGAUGCUCCAUUGUGAUUGGAGAAGUUGAAGCACAUCAUCCCAAAUAUAGUUGAAGCACCUGAUGAGCUUCAUCGUGAUUGGAGAAGCCUCCACAAUUUUGGCUCAAGCUGUUAACUCCUUUUGUUCAACUUCUUAAGCAUGUGCAACGGUAAUAAUCAAGCAAUCCUUAACAUAAAUCCUUAAUGCUUUUUGAUUAAAGAAAUAUUAAAAGAGGAGAGGAAAGUUAAGGAUGAUCCUUAAUUAAGGAUUAAAAAUCGAAGUCCUUAUCUUGCUGGCACAUAUUGAUUGGUCCGUUUUUUAUGUUGACUCUGGUAAGGCGAGUUCGAAAACACGCGAACCGUUCUCAUUUUUUCAGAAACCCGAAAAAAAAAAGCAGAGCAGAAGGCGAGGCGAUAGGGAGACGACAGAGAGGCCAAUUGCGAUCUCGAUCCGUGAAGAUGGCGAUUCCACAUGAACCUCAUUUCUUUAAGCCUCUGCUUCCUGGUUUCCACAGUGGUGUCACAAUACCACUUGCCUUCUUCUCAAAGCACAUAGAAGGGAAGACGAACCAGAAAACAUGGAAACUAAGAUCGGACGCUUCAGAUCAAACUUGGGAAGUGAUACUAGAAGGCAGGAUACUCACCGGAGGUUGGAAAGAUUUCACCACAGCACACGACCUUCAAAUCGGUGACCUUGUCAUCUUCAAACACGAAGGAGACAUGGUGUUUCAUGUGACUCCUUUUGGUCCUAGCUGUUGUGAGAUUCAGUAUACACAUCCUCACAUCAUCAAGGAAGAAGCCGACUCCGGUGAUGCUGAUGACAAUGAGAUUAGUAAGUUUCAAUCAAAGUUCAUUGUUUUGGUCCUACCUGUUGUGAGAUGUUUUGACGUGGAAAUUGCUUCUUUUAUUUCAGGAGGAACAGUGGCAAUGUCUUCUUUCUCAUAUGACUUCUGUUUUUUGGCUGAGGUCACUGCUUCAAAUCUAAAAGCAGACAAACUUUAUCUUCCUAAGCGAGCUACUAGUUCUACUGCUUUGAACAAACAAUGCCAAGAGAUGAUACUAGUGAACAAAGAGGGAAACUCAUGGACUGCGAGUUUGCGAUUUAGCGAAUCAGACGGCAUGUAUUACAUCACAAGGGGCUGGGGAAAGUUCUGUCGUGAUAACAGAUGCGACAUAGGAGACUUAUUUGUCUUCAAUCUGGUUGGAGAUGGGAAAACUACUCCCUUGUUGUGUGUAUGCCUGGAAAGUAAAGAGUGUUCUGAACUACUGAGCAAACACUUGAGCAUAAAGCGUGGUGAUAUUGCUUCAAGCUCACGGGUGAAUUAGAAGAAUGGUCAAGUAGUCUUGCGUCUCUUUAGCUUGCGUCUCUUUAGCUAUGUAUCUCGGACUUGUUAAGAGCUUCUAUCCUCUUGUUUUCCUUGCUACAAUGUACUUGUAUGAUCAUUUCAGUUUAGACUCAAGUUCUUGUAUUUCUCUACUCUCUACUCAUUUCAGUUUAGACUCAAGUACUUAUAAGUUUAAAUCUUUGUACUCUACUCUUGUAAGUUUAAAUCUGUUUAGCUAACUACAA